AUGACCUCCAGCUACUCUGUACGCAGUUACUCUGUGGGCCGCCAGCCUUCCUUCUCCAACAUGUCUCUGCGGGACAGUGGAGGUCGAGGACGUCCCAAAGCCCCUGUGUCUCUUGUCUCCGCCGGGACGCUCUCUCUCUCACGUUCCCUCUCCGUGGGUAACGGCCUCAACACCCUGAGCAACCUCUCUCUGAAUGGCCUGGCAGUGGCCGUCAGUGAGAAGGAGACCAUGCAGGGCUUGAAUGACCGCCUGGCCAACUACCUGGAAAAGGUGCGGUCACUGGAGAAGUCCAACGCUGACCUGGAGCUGAAGAUUAAACAGCUGAUGCUGGAGAGAGCACCCAAGGGACAUGAUAUUGAAGGAAUGAUGGCCCAGGCCCAUGCCAUUGGACAGGAGGUAAGGAAGAGGACUCUGGAGAAUGCUCGGAUCAUGCUGGAAAUAGACAACGCUAAGCUAGCAGCAGACGACUUCAGGGUGAAGUGGGAGGCAGAGGCUACUCUUUGCCAGUCAGUAGAGAGAGAUUGUGUUGCUCUGAGAAGGGCUAAAUCUGACCAUGAUCAGAUUAUCGCCACCCUCAGAGGAGACCUGGACAGUCUGAAAGAAGAGCUUUACUUCCUAAAGAAGAAUCAUGACGAGGAGAUGGACACACUAAAGGCCCGUCUGGCCAACGAGCAAGUCAAUGUAGAGGUGGAUGCAGCACAAGGGCCAGACCUGGGUGGUGUCUUGGCUGAACUCCGAGCACAAUACGAGGGCAUUGCUCGGAAGAACAAGGAAGAUGCUGAGAUCUGGUACCUAAAGAAGCUGGAGGCGGUGCAGUCAGAGGUGAAAGAAAGCAACGAGGCACUACGGUGCGCCCAGAAUGAGCUGAACGAGAGACGUCGUUUCUUACAAGCCCUUGAGGUUGAGCUUGACAGUCUGCGCAAACAGGUUGGUGUUUUAGAAGGGAACCUAGCGGAAACAGGACAGAAGUAUACGUUAGAAAUGGAACGACUACAGAGCACGCUAACGCAGCUGGAGGAUGAGCUGUCCCAGCUGCGUCUGGAUAUGCAACGCAACAAAACCGACUAUGAGCAGCUACUACGCAUCAAACAGAACCUGGAGCUGGAGAUUGCCACAUACAGGAGGCUGCUAGAAGGAGAGGAAAUGAUAAAGGAGACACCACCCCCUAAAAAAGAACCAGAGGUAAGAACCAGAAAGAUUGUGAAGGUUGUUACCCAGACGAUGAUAAACGGUAAGGUGGUGGAUGAGUCUAGUGAAGUGGAGCAAAUUGAGGAGCGAAAGAAAUGA